AUGACAAGGAGCGCCUGAAUAUUUUGUACCAAAAAUCCAAAAUGGUGGACGGCACUGUGAGUUCUAGUCGGUUCUCCGUAGAAUAUACGAGUGUAGCGUGUAACAAAGCUUCUCUAUGUGCCGCCUGGGGUAGGAACGGACUUGUGGGUUAUGGAGGGUGCAAUUCAGUGGUGCUUUAUCGUCCUCAUAAAGAAAACUCUUCUGGAUUAAUAGAAUGUAUCUUGAAUGGCCACAAAGACAGAGUGAACUGUGUAAAAUGGAUAAACAAUCAUCAUGAACCUGAGGUUGAAUUGGUCUCCGGUUCAACUGAUAAAACUGCUAUUGUUUGGAAAAAAGAAAAUGACAAUUGGAUUCUAUCAGCAACAUUAAAAGGACAUACCAAUGCGAUUAAUGCAGUGGCUGCCAUGUCAAUCAAACAUGCUGAUGGAGCAAAUAGGAUAUUGAUAGCAACAGCCUCAGCUGACAGCUCUGUUAUACUUUGGGAAAAAGCCAGUAGUCCACAAGGCUCCUUCGAAAGUCUACAAACACUUUCAUUUGGUUCUGGUUUUGCUCUAACAGUUGAUCUGACAGUUCUUCCCCAGACUAUUGUCCCCAUUUUGGCAUGUGGUUGUGAAGACUGUAAAAUUCAUCUUUUUAUUGAAAAUGAAAGCAAGUUCUCCAAAGUACAAAGUCUCUCUGGACAUGACGACUGGAUCAGAGACACAGAGUUUGCACUGGAAGAUUCAGGUGACUUGCUGCUUGCCUCUUCAUCUCAAGACUGCUUCAUACGAAUAUGGAGAAUCUCUUUACAAUCUGCUGGAAAGCAGCCUAUUUCCCCUCAAAAGCAUAUGGCAAAUGUUAAUGAGCCAUUUGGGGAGCUCAAGCUUACUUCAAACCUUUUUCAAGUCAGAGAUAAUGAGGCAAUAAAUGAGUUUUCUGUGGUAUUAGAGUCAGUAUUAUCUGGCCAUGAAGAUAUUGUAUAUGGUGUUCAGUGGCAACCUCCACAAAAACAAGCUGAUGGCACUUUUACUCAGCCCAUGUGCCUUCUCUCUGCCUCUCUGGACAAGUCUCUCGUGAUCUGGCAACCAGACCCUGAUACUGGUAUAUGGAUUGAAACGAUGCGAGUUGGGGGUGUGGGCGGGACAACGUUAGGGUUCUACGGAGGGAUGUUCAGCCCAGAUGCAAGGACAGUACUUGGACACAGCUUCCAGGGAGCUUUUCACCUUUGGACAAAUGAAUCAUCUGAGCAGAGCAAUAACUCAUGGCGUCCUGGAGUAACUAUUGGAGGCCAUUUCGCUCCGGUGCAGGACAUCUGCUGGGAACCCAGGGAAGGCCAGUUUCUAUUGAGCGUCAGUAGUGACCAGACGACCCGACUUCAUGCACCAUGGAGGAGGUCUGGACACCAGACCACGUGGCACGAGAUUGGUCGGCCCCAGGUCCAUGGCUAUGACAUGCAGUGUGUUACUAUGCUGAACAGAUACACCUUGGCGUCAGGUGCAGAGGAGAAGGUCGUGCGCGUAUUCAAGGCACCACAGCAGUUCUUAAUAACCCUCCAGUCAUUGUGUGGUGUCCAGGAGGCUGUCAUGGAAAACAUCGAGCUUCCGCUCGGUGCUAGUGUGCCUGCGCUAGGAUUAUCAAAUAAGGCUGUGUUUGAAGGUGAUGUAGGUGUUACAAAGGAGCAUUCCGCCGACUCCAACCUUUCAGUGAAUACGUCUGCGUUUGCCAGCGAGGAACCCGCCCCCUUUACGCCGAUGGUUUUAUCAGUGCCACCCACGGAAGACGUCCUGCUUCAGAACACUUUAUGGCCAGAAGCGCAGAAACUGUAUGGACAUGGCUAUGAGAUUUUCUGCGUGGCUUCAAGCCCUGAUGGAUCUCUGCUGGCAACAUCUUGUAAGGCGACAAAACCUGAACACGCAUGCGUUAUUCUGUGGGACGCAAACAUAUGGAAGCAAGUCUGCUCUUUACCAGGUCACUCACUCACCGUUACACAAAUCGCCUUCAGUCACUCUGGGCAGCGUAUACUCUCUGUCUCACGUGAUCGUUCCUGGGCUGUGUUUCGGCUAAGACAGGAUGACCUCGAUGGGCCUCUGUACCAGCUCGUCUCGCAUAGCAGCACGUUACCCAAACCCAAGCAGCACAGCAGGAUCAUUUGGUCAUGUUCCUGGAGUCAUGACGAUAAAUACUUCAUAACAGCGUCCAGAGAUAAAAAGGUGAUUAUGUGGGGACUUGACAACACUGCAGAUAAAGAGACCUGGGUACCAGUGUCCAGUCCACUGGACGUCGGCGAGCCUGCAACCGCUGUAGACUUAGCGCCAUGCGCACUAAAGAACGCACGGUACUUGGCCGCGGUCGGCUUAGAGUCGGGCCGAAUCAUGCUGUACUCUUGGUCAGCGGAUAUUUCAUCUGCGCCUGCGCACUGGGUAGCUGAAGUAUCGAUUGAGUACCACUCUCUUGUUGUGAAACGGUUGCGCUGGCGGCCGAAGCCCGCAAAGCACGACUGUCGCUUGCAUUUCGCCAGCUGUAGCGCGGACCACAGCGUGAAAAUCUUCGAAAUAUCAGGUGUAGAAUAACCCAGGCAGCGCGUAGUACUAUUCACCAACAAAGACAUUGAAUGAAAAAGGAUUUAGGAGUUUGGUCUUCUGUUGAAUGUCUCCUUUACGGGCCAUCACGUGACAUUCUCGUGUUAUUUACUUGUCACGUGUCGUAAUCUGGUCAUUUGCUUGCCAUAGAUACAUGUCUCAUGUGUCCGUCAGGCGCAUCCCUAGUUUGGGACAAAUCAAUCCUCGGCUUGCCUUCAGGACCACCUCCCCAACAACCCUUUCAAGCUCUCAUCUCGCAGCCACCGAGCCUCGUGUGUUAUUUGUAAAAGUUUGCGAGUAGCAGCGGGCAAUCUAGUUUAGGGUACUCAUAAUCAUAGAACAAUUCCACGUGUUGUGGUUUGUCUCGGGAUGUCCCGCCACUGUACCCGCAAUCCCGUAGCUUCAGCCCUUGGUCGAGAAUUUCGGUUUCCGCUCUCUGCUCUUUCUUCGUAGCUUUUUUCCUCAAAAUCCGGAUAUCUACCGCUGACCCCCCUAACUCGCUCUUCACAAUCCGUGUUAUUCCAUAUAUGGUUAUGUCUGACUUCACGUGGGUGGUGAACUGACCAAUGAAAGCGUCCUUAUAUGGUAGUCCCAAAUUUGUCAAGUGCAGACAAAUGUAUCUGCAAGGAACGGAAUAAUAACAAGCAAUUAUCUUGGAGUAUGCUUUUUUUCUCCUGGAGUUUUAAGCUUUUCAUUUUUUGCGCUGGAAAGGCUUGACCGUUAAUGUCCAUUUUUAGCGCCCAGCUUCAGAUAAGCCUACCCAUCCCUCUCUCGAACUAUAUCUCGUAUUGUAACGAUAAACAAACACAAAGACUGAUUAAUAAGAGAAAUAAUUUGCCUUUGGGCGAUUAGUGAGUUUAAAACAACGAUGGAAAACAUGGAAUCCCAUAUACAUUUCAACGUAGAAAGCCCAGGUUUCACGGUAUAUCGUGGAGGAAGGUGAACGUUCCCGUCGUAAAUCCAGACAUCUUUGUACGCUAAUGCAAAACAAAUUUGGUAUUAAGCUCUAAGCAUGGUCUGCUUAAAGUCCGAAAUAACAGUAAUAAGUAAGGAGGACAAGGUCUGAUCCAGACUGUGGUAUCCGUCAACCUAAAAAAUAUCCCACAAUUGGAUGGACCACCUGAUCAACUUACCUUGGAGCCUCGUUUAGAACAGGUUCCCAGAUCCCAAUCUCGCAGUUUGGACACGGUCGUAACUGGACUCUAGAGUCCAGUCCCUCUUGACCCUUUUCUUUGUCUGUGGAGACCCUGCGAGCGACGGCCCCAUUUCGCAGCGUCCGCUUGAUCUUACUGACCUCGUUGUAAUCAAUCGUCUCGUCGUUAUCUUCGUCGAGUGACAUCGCCAACAUGUAGGCCUCGGUCAUCGUCACCGGCGCCCCUAUUACAGGCAAAAGAGGGUCAGCGGUGAAUAUCAGAGCCAUUUUUAACUCAUAUGAUAGAGGAUCAGCGGUGAAUACCAAGGCCUGUACGUAUACAUUUUCAGUACACAUGGUAUCUGUCUGUUUUUAAAAGAGACCCUAGUACACUUGGUACUGGGUGCUGACCGAGUUUAAUACAAGAGCCCAUAGUACACUUGGUACUGGGUCAGCGGUAAUACGGUUAUACAAGAGCCCAUAGUACACUUGGUUCUGGGUUUAUCGGUUUUGUCCAGUGCCCAAACGCGUGAGGUCUUAUGUAGUCUCCCAGAAAUUAAAAUUCAGAUCGUAUGGAGAAGUGGGGCUUUUACAUCAAAUUUCGAAUUUUAUAUUAAAAAUGCGUUCAAUAGCUAAGAUUAGCUACAUUAACUUUUAUUUUUUUAAUCUAGUCACUACUAGGGAUAAAUGAAAAACGAUCAAGGCAAUGUAAAUACCUUAGGAAUAUCCACUCGAGUUUUUUGUUAAACAGAAAAAUGAAAGUUACUUUAAUUAAUCUUUUUGAGACACCCAUUAUAUAUAAAGAAAAUAAAAACCCUGAAAACAAAA